AUGGCGCGCGCCUCCAUCAUCAGUUCGCUCAUGGUGCUGGCGGUUGUGGCUUUCGGCCUCCGCUGCGCGUUCGUUCCGGCGCCCCAGUCCAGCACUUCCCGCUUCCUGGACAUCUCCCCCGCCACCGCCGCCGCGGCGGUGAUGGGCGCCGCACCCGCGAUUGCCGCGGAGAUCGACGCCGCCGAGGCGUACAACCGCAAGGUCCUGGAGGGCGCAGCUUACGGCGGGAUGCUGUGCGUCUUCAUGCUCGGCCUGAUCGUCCAGGGGGUUCGUCGGGACGUGGGCAACAAGUGGCUCAACUGA